AUGUCUGCUGACGGUAAUACCCUGGUAGUUGGGAAGCAGGCUUAUUCACAAGUGUGUGUUGCUAAGAGCUCCUGGAGUCUGGGCCGCUUCCCACUACCCAAGAGGUGGCAGCCCUCCUCCUACCGAAAGAGCAACUCUGUCCGGGAGCCAGUUUGGACCUCCCGACCCUCAACCUGGAUUGUGACCUGGGGAGAUGCCCCCACCAAGUUGAGAGUGACACUGGCAGCAUGCAAUGCCUGUGCACCAGGGCUUGCUCAGGACAGUGCAGCUGCCUGGAGACCUCAGCAGGAGUCCCAUUACGACCUGGCCAACGUGAAGGAGCAGGCUCCCUCCACUUCUGGUCAUUCAGAGCUGGAUUGGGCAGCAGUUCCUGCCCAAGAACCUUACUACCCUCCUCUUGUGAGCAGAGAGAUUGGACACAGCCGGAAGGUGCCUCCUGCCCUGAAUGGACUUCCCCAGCUGAUGUCGGAGCAGCUCACCAGGAUGGAUGUGGAGCUCUUUGUGAAGGCAGAGCCCAACCAGUGCCUGGGGUCCAUGUGGUCCCGGAGAUACAACAAGGGCAAGCCACGCCUGGCCCCUAGCAUCCAGGUCAUCUUGAUACACUUUAACAAGGUCGUGUCCUUGGUUACAACCCACUGUCUUGGGGACCUCAGCAUGAACACCUCAGUCAGGGCGCAUCUGCUGGAAUUUUGGAUCCAGGCGGCUGAGGGUUGCCGCGUCCUGAGGAAUUUCUCCUCACUGCACGCCAUCAUGUCUGCCCUGCAGAGCAGAGCCAUCUCUCGUCUGCACAGGUCAUGGCAACAGGUCUCCAGGAAGGACUUGCUCACAUUCCAAAAGCUGGCCGAGAUCACCUCUCCUGAAAACAACUACUCUAAGAGUAGAGAGCUGCUACUGAAGGAGACCCGCAAGCUGGCGAAGCUGCUCAAAGGAGGUCCUAGGCAGUCUAAAAAGAUGGGGAUGAUCAAGGGCAUCGUGCCCUAUCUGAGAAUCUUCCUGAAAGAUUUCCUCGUGGUUCACCUGGCCUACGUGGAUGCCCAGGAUGAGAAAAGCAAAGAGAAGAAUUUGAUACGGGAAAUCGAGAUCCUCGAUCAGAUGAGAGAGCUGCAACGCAGUUGCCGCUUUUAUAAUAUUCGAGUGGACCACCAUUUUACUGAGUGGUUCAGGGGCCUGGAGCGGCUCAGCAAGGAUGCCAGCUACGAGCUGUCCUGUACGCUGGAGCCCUGCAGUCCCACUGACUGUCCAAGCAAGAAGCACUCAGCCAUUGGCAAUCCUGACAAGAAGGGCCGCCUCAGCCCGCCUAGUUCUCCCUCAGCCACCCUGUGCAAUAGUCACCCGUGGACCAGCUCCCAGGCAGCCUCCUUCCCUGUCUCAGCCCCAUCACUGAAGCCAUCAGCCCCGAGAUUUGGGGACCGCGGGGUGGGAGGUGAUGUGGGACCUUCGGUGGACCAGGAGUCCCACAGGAAGGUGGUGUCAGCCCCACGGAACGCUCGUGUCACUGCCCGCCAGGCGGCCAGGCUCGAACCUGCGAGGGAUCCGGAAACCCACUUGCCAGAAGCCGAGGCGGCUGCUUCUGCGCUGCGCUGCCCAGGGAAGCCCCGGCAGCACCGUGGCAGCCGGCGGCUGGACCCCAAACCCCACGCCAGCCCAGAGCCCGCCGGGAUGUUGAGGCGCCCGGGAGACUGCGUCCACGCCAGCCUGCUGCCCAGGCCCUCGCUCCGGAAUGCGAAGCCCCGCCCUCACCGCGGAGCUCCGGGCGCCGCCCCUGCUCUCGAGCAUGCGCACUCCGCCUUCGUCCUCCCGAACGGACUCCAUCACCCAGAAUCCUUUGAACCCCCCGAGGCUCCGCCCCCCAUUCCCAGUCCCUCCCUCACCGGCCUGGAUUCCGGUGCCCUUGAUGCUCCCCCUCGGCCCCUGGGCGGAGCUCUGGCCGUGACGGGAACCCGUACUCGGUUCGUUUCGCCUCACUCGCGCCUGGGAUCUCGUGUCCUGGACGAGCGGCAGGCCCUCAGCGCUGGCCCGAGGAGGGCGGGGGCGCCCGCAGCGGUGCCUUCCGGACUGCGCUUCCGCGCCCCCCAGUGGCCGGGUCUGUGGCGAGCGUUUCUCCACGGGGUGCGCAGGGAUCUGCACCAGCCGCCGCCCUCCUGCGACGUGGGCCUCCGCCCGGACUUGCGGGAAGCAUACCGCUACACUCACGGCCGUGCCAGUGAGGAGUACGAGUGCUAUGUCAUCCCGGAGGAGGAGGACGAGGAGGAAGCUGCCGAUGUCUUCUGUGUCACCUGCAAGACUCCGCUUAGAGCUGCGGAGAAUUCACAUGAGCACAAGGACCACCACGUGACCCCACUGGAGAAAGCACUGGAAAGCAUCAGGGAUGAAAUCCACAAGUACAUGUGCCGACUGGAAAAGCAGAUUAUCCACAUGGAAAACUUUGCGAGUCACCUGGAAGAGGUUUUCAUCAUGGUGGAGGAGAACUUCAGAAGACAGGAACAAAACGUCGAGUCACAUUACAGUGAGAUCUUGGAAACACUUGCUCAAAAAUAUGAGGAAAUACAGGCUCUUGGGGAGAAAAAGAAAGAGAAGCUGGAGGCCCUGUAUGGAUAGCUGGUCAGCUGUGGAGAAAGCCUGGAGACCUGCAAAGAGCUGAUGGAGACCAUAGAGGAGGUGUGCCAUGAGGACAAGGCUGACUGCUUAAAGGAUGCAGUGGCCAUGGCUGACAGACUCGGGAAGUUCCUGAAAGCAAAGACAGAUGUGGAGAUCUUCACACAACCCGACUUCGAAGACCAGACCUUGGACUUCACUGAGGUGGAGCAGCUGAUGGGGGCCCUGAAUACUGUCCCAGCUCCCUCUGCUCCAGUGAUAAAUCGGCAGGUCCCCAACUUGGCCAGAGACUCCUCUAUCCGGGUGUGCUGGAGCUUGUACUCCGAUGACACGGUGGAGUGCUACCAGCUGUGCUACCGGCCUGUGCGAAUGGCCUGCCCCAGGAGUUCUUCCCCAGAAUUUACAGUGACAGUCAAAGAAACAUAUUGCUCAGUCAGAAACCUUGAGCCAAAUACCCAAUAUGAAUUCUGGGUGAUAGCUGAAAACAAGGCUGGCCCCAGCCCGUGCAGUGAAAGUGCCACAUACAUGACAGCCCCCUCUCCCCCAGUGAUAAAGUGCAAGGAGGUCAGGAGCUGCGAGGAGGCCGCUCUCAUCAGCUGGGAGUCUGGGAACCUGAACCCGGUGGACUCAUACACGGUGGAGCUGAUUCAGGCAGAAACACCAGAGGCCUCGGGCAUUACUGAGUCGGUUGUGGGCAUCCCAACCUGCGAGUCUCUGUUACAGCUACUGCCCGGGCAGUGCUAUACCAUCUACGUGCGGGCCCUGAACGUGGGAGGCCCCAGCGCCAGGAGCCAACCCGCCAUGGUCCACACGACAGGCAGCGUCUUCCACCUGAACAAGGAUACCUGCCAUCCCGCGCUGACCAUUGCUGAGGACGGGCUGACGGUGGUUCGAAGCGAAAGGAAAACCCCAGCCAGGGAGCCACCACCCAGCCAGACCCGGUUCAGCAGGUGUGUCGCUGUCAUGGGAAAUCUAAUCCCUGUCCGAGGGCGCCACUACUGGGAGGUGGAGGUGGAUGAACGCUCCAACUACACUGUCGGUGUGGCUUCUGAAGACAUCCCCAAACAGGAAGACCUCGGGGCCAGCCCCCACGCGUGGUGCCUGAGGCACACAUUCGCCUCAUCCAGGCACAAAUACGAAUUUCUACACAACAGGGAAACACCAGACAUAAGAAUAACAGUCCCACCGAAGCACAUCGGCAUCCUGUUAGACUACGAGAACCUGAAGCUGUCCUUCUUCAACGUGGACAAUGCUCAGCACCUGUACACCUUCAGCUGUGGGCUUCAGCAGCUUGUACACCCCUGUUUUUCUUUAGAAAAGCCGGGGUGUCUAAAGAUACGUAAUGGCAUCUCGACACCCAAGCAUGCCACUUUCCACUAGGCCUUGCUGGCACCACCCUCGGUUCCUGCCCUCUGCUAGCCACAGUUGCCUUGGAUUUGAGCUCUGGUGCUCAUAUAAUCUGUGCUUGUUCGUGUCUGGCAGAUUAGCAUGCAGGUGUCAUUGCACCGGACCCAGAUCCAGGUCCCAUGCUCCCUCACCACGAAAGGGCAAUCCUUUUUUUUUGGGGCCAGU